AUGUCAAGUGAUGCUGGGAUGUCUUCCGAUUUUGGGUUUCACCUAUCUGAAAUAGCCAACACCGACUCUCAACGCACCAACGACGACCUCUUAGUGCCCGGUCACCAAAUUCGCGUGAACCCAUCACCUGAUUUUCAAGGACCGACUUUCCCGAUGCCAUUACCACUGUCGUGGGACCAGUUUACCGGAGGAAUAUGCCGAAACUUGGCGGGCGGGUUUGAUGUCCCCCAGAAUUCUUGGCCGCCUGUGGACCUUGGUACGGCACAUGUCGGAGGUUCUGUCGAGUGGCCAGCUUCAAGCUCGCCUAACUCAGACGGCGAUCGUGAUAAAAGUAGCAAAGCCCAAACCUUCAUAAUUUCUGCUGCGCGGUCGAUUUUGCGGGCCGACUACCUGGAAUAUUUGGCGGCCGAGCUGCCUCGAUGGGCCAAAUGGGGGUUGUACAACAUUGACAACUGUACCGUGGACCCAAAUGCUGAGUAUUACGAUUUACAACUUGCCUACUCGACCGUAUGCUUGCUUUAUACUCGGAUGGGAGACGACGAAAUUCGCAGCCGCAUAUCCCUGGUCAAACUCAACAAGGAAUAUCUGCGAGCGUUUGAGACGUGGCAGUCACGACGACGCAAGCGCGGUAUCGGUCGAGGAGACGCAACGUGUAUUAUUGACAACAUUCUACAGAAUAUCUACCAUGACUGGCCUACUCGCAAUGAUAGGGAGCGCAAAGAUUUGCGGACUCAAUUUCAUAGCCGCAAGCAUUUUGGCAAGCGGUGGACUAUGCUAUCCGAUGUCCUUGGCAAAGGUAUCCUGCUGCUCUGCUCACCAAAGGUAGCAAAAAUGGUGUGA